AUGCUACAGGUCUCGAACAUCGGCGAGGAGCGACACACCUUGCAAUCCUUUGUCGGGCGGAUGAUGAAUCACCAAGCCGAGCUUAUGACCUGGAGAGGAGAACUUCCGACCCAUCUUGCAGCCAAGGACACUGCUAUCAGCGAGGGUGCGCGUGCCUGGAGUGAUGUUCAAUGGGUACAGCGGCAGUGCUUUGAUAUCGAAUUACGCUUUAACCAUGUGAUGCUGGUAUUGCACCGGCCUUUCUUCGCCCGUACAAGCUUUUCAACUCCGUUCUACUCCUCUGAUAUGGCCAGAGGCGUUUGUCUUGGUGCAGCGCGUGCAACAAUCCUUCUCUCAUACAAAGUGUUGGUCCAAGAUCACAACAUCUAUGACGAGUCUUGGUCCUGCUAUUACCACCGAGUUUUGGCCGCGACCCUGGUGGUACUGGCAAGUACCCAUCCUAGCAGGCCACGCGAGGAACAAAUGAGCCUAUUUGAUCUCUGCAUAAAGUCUUAUGGGAUUUUUGGCAGUAUGCCGUCUGACGCUUCCACCAAAGGCUUUGAACUUUCUAAGAGCGCAGUCGCCCUGCUGUCAACGGGACCUUCAAGAUCAAAUGUCAACAUUGAUGCCAUGCUCGAUGCCGAAUGA